AUGGCGGUAGGAAGCCAGGAGAAGGACAACGUUCUUGACUCGUCUCCUAUGGUGUCGUCUGUGCCUGCCCUAGCACACAACGGAAUGCAGCCAACGCAGAUUGCACAGAACUACUCCGACGAUAACAUUAGAGUGUGUUGCAUGAUACCUGAAGAAAUAGCAGAUGAAGCACCAGAUAAGAUGGCUGAUGAAGUUGUGCAACCUAUGAUCGUUCCUGAAGUUGGAAUGGCUUUCGAAUCAGAGGAUAAAGCUUAUGAGAUGUACAACACCUAUGCUAGUAAGAUUGGGUUUAGUAUUAGAAAGAGCCAUACAAAGCGACGAGGAGAUGGGACUCUAUGUCAGAAAUAUUUGGUUUGCAGUAACGAAGGUCAUCGAGAAAUUGAGUCAUCAAGGCACACUACAAGGACGGGUUGCAAUGCUCGUGUUCAGUUUAGUGUUAGUAAAGAGGGGAUUUGGACGGUGCAAAAGGUUAUACUUGAUCACAACCAUUACCUUGCUAGUCCAAAUAAAAGGGGCAAGCUGAGGUCCCAACGAAGUGUUCAAGAAGCGGACAGGAAGCUAAUUGGGCAGAUGAGGGAAUCCGGGAUGAAGCCAGCUCAGGUUUUUGAGUUUAUGAAGGAGUUUUAUGGAGGAACAGACAAAGUGCCAUUCUCACGGAUGGAUUGCAACAAUGAGAUUGGCCGUGAGCGCAAGAAGUACUUAGAAUCCAAUGAUGCAGAAACACUACUGGAAUACUUGAAGCGUAAGCAGAUGGAGGAUCCAACAUUUUUUUAUGCCAUGCAAAUAGACAAGAAAGAUGGUCGGAUAGCUAAUUUCUUUUGGGCAGAUGGCCAAUCUAUCAUGGAUUACGCAUGCUUUGGUGAUGCUGUGUCAUUUGACACAACAUUUCAGACUAAUAAGUUUGAAAUGCCUUUUGCUCCAUUCCUCGGAACUAACCAUCACAAGCAAACUAUCAUUUUUGGAGCUGCAUUGUUGUUUGACGAGACUAUACCAUCAUUUGUUUGGCUAUUUGAAACCUUUCUAACAGCAAUGUCAGGCAAACAUCCUAGCACAAUCUUUACUGAUCAAGACGCGGCCAUGGCAGGAGCAAUUGCUUAUGUAUUUCCAAACACAAGUCAUCGCCUCUGUUUGUGGCAUAUUUACCUUAAUGCUGCUAAACAUCUCGGCCAUGUAAUUCAAAAGCAUCCUGACAAGUUUCUACCUGAUUUUAAGAGAUGUGUCUAUGAAGACAGAUCAGAGUUUUACUUCAAAAAGAAGUGGGAUGAAUUGUUGCGUGACUACAACCUUGAGGACAACAAAUGGAUGGCAAACCUAUAUGAUUUGAGGGCAAAAUGGGCUGCUGUGUAUCGUGACUCGUUUACAGCUGAUAUGAACUCGACCCAAAGGAGCGAAGGUAUGAAUAAUGUAUUCAAGAAAAGAUUUCGUAGAAAACUGGGUCUUUCGGAACUUCUUGAAGAAUGUGAGAAGGUUUCCAAUAGUCUUCAUAAUAAUGAGUUGGAUGAAGAUUUUAAUUCACGUCGAAAGAGCCCAGUUACUCAUAUUCCUCUGUUGAAGACCGCAGCUGAGUCAUAUACAGGGAGGAUGUAUAAAGAGUUUGAGGAAGAAUUUAACAAACAAUUUUCAUUCUCUUGUAUAUUGUGCAAGCAUGCCUUCAAAGUCUUCAAUGUCAACGAUGUUUUCAUUUUGCCUUCACAAUAUAUCCAGCACAGAUGGACAAAAUAUGCAAAGAGAGGAUUUUAUAUUCAGAAACAAGGAUCUGAGGAGGAAAGUUUAAAAACCCAUACCGCACGCAUCUCACGGAAGGCAACAUCUAUUGCAUUGAAGUGUUCAAAGUCAAAAGAACUUCUUGAUCUUUUGGAGGAAGCCAUGGAUAAGUUGGAUUUGGAUGCAGAUAAUUAUCUAAGUAAGAUGGAAGAACAAUCGAAUGAGGCUCCUCUUGUUUCAGCUAACUUCGCAACAGAUACAUUUAAAGGUACAAUAUCGUUUAGAGUUCCUGAGGUGGUAAAAGGUGCAAAGAGUAAACGAGGGACCAUCUUCCUUGAAAAGAAUACAGGCAAGAAGAAGAAAACUGCUAAAAAGAAAGGAGAAGAAUCAAAUAAUGUAGCAGAAAAUAGUUAUGAAGGUGCUAGUCCAGAUAAAUUUAUUGACCUAAAUGAUGGUAGCGUUGAUGCUAACAGUACAAUACCACACUUCAAUAUGCACGGGAAUUCUUCUGUCAUGAGUGUUCCAUAUAUUAGAGGAGGAUAUACAAGUCUCUUACUUGGGGUUGAUCAAACUGCCACAAUGCAGCUGCCUGCUAGAAAAUUGGAUUUUGAUGGACCGACAAAUAAAGAAAAUAUGUAA